AUGAACUCUAGUACUGCAUCAAAUUAUGUAUCCAAUGGUAUGCCAAAUGAUUUACUAGAAGCGCUUGAUUUACCUUAUUUGGUUAUACUACAAUUGUCUCUGCCACUGCCCAUCGUAGCAAAUGUAUCAAUACAGGUGGUACCCAUGUUGAAAAAUCUUCCAAAUUCAGUAGAAAUAAUGGUUCAUCCAAAAUCCAAUCAUCAAGUGGUUUUCACAACUAAAUCGUUUCCAUCUCUUUCUUCUUUGAUUGUUACAUCUCAAGGUGGAGAUAGUGCAAUGGAAGUCAUUGUCAAUUGUUCAACAUUACUUACAUUACGAGUUUCAUCAGUCUUUAAUUUGAAUUUAAACAUUUUAAAUCCAGACCUCCUAGAGACUAUAUACAUCUAUGGAGCACUUGUUACCUUUCCAACCAUGAUGAAUGACUAUAACAAACUUUUAUCAUUAACCAUUGCUAACAAUUCGCUGUCAAGUUAUCCAUUUACAGUUUUUCCUCAAAAGUUAAUGGUUUUGCAAAUAACAAGUUCAGGUAUGAGUGCCAUUCCAAACCUACAGCUCCCAUCUACUCUGACAUUUUUUGUAUUUGAUAAUGUCAGUCCAGGUAUACAUAUUGAUCUUUCAAACAACGUUAAUCUUCAUCUUGGAGAUGUACCAGAGUCAUUUUGUCAAGCCAGAAGCCUCACUCUUACUGACAUUCAGUACACCUCAUUCCCCGAUUGCAUAUACUGCUAUUAUAUGGAACCUUUUCUCAAACUCCCAUUCUCAGCUCCUCCCCAAAACUUUGUUUGUAACAUUGAGUUUGAUAGUAUGGCCCUUUAUUCUAAUCUUGGACGUGUGACUAUAACAGGUAAAAAGAUAGGAUAUGGUAAUGCACCUGGAGGAUUGGCACCUGUUCCAAAUCAAAAAGUUAGUUUCUCCGUUGUACCUCAAAAUGGACCAUCAAGAGACGUCAACAUUCUUUUAUCGAUUCCUAUGGGUUAUAAUAGAGACUUUUCCGUUAUUGAGGCUGGUGUUUCUCUUAUUGGUGGACGUGUAAUAACAAAAUUGUCUGGGAUUGACCAACUUGUGGUUUAUAUCGAUCGAAUCAACACCUACCUUUCUCAUAAUAUAACAUUGACUGAAUCAAAUAUUACCUGUGCCAAUCCAAUUCAAUCAGCAUCAACUAUUAUUUGUGAUGUUCCUAAAGGUUAUCCACUUGCAAAUGCAGUCAAUUAUACCUCGACAACCAAAGCAUUGGAAUUAUCAGGAUAUUUUGGUAGUACUGCAACAACAGGGACAGUAACAGUUGCAAAUACUAUAAACUGUGUGAUUCAAAAAAUGAACUUCACACAAAUCACUUGUAUUCUCGACUCUUCACCUCAACCUGGUCCAAAUACACUUUAUAUAAAGGUUGAUGAAUCUGAAUUUAUUUCAUCAAGUUUAUUCUAUAUCCAACCAAAUAAUAAUAACAAUGGUUCAACAACAACUGGUUCCACUACAACUGCUACUACUACUACUACAGGAGGAAAUAAUGGAGAAUCAAAUCAACAAAAAUGUGAAAGAUUAACACACAAUUGUUAUGGUCAUGGUAAUUGUGAUGGAAAUGGCCAAUGCCAAUGUAAUCCAAAUUAUAAUCAAAUUGAUAAUUGUUUAACAAAAUUUACAAAUACAACAAUUCAACCAAAUACAACAAAUCCAACAGUAUCAUUUGAUAUUGAUGGAAUUGAUUUCCAAUUUGAUAUUUAUUCAAUUCAAGAAUUAGAUUAUGAUGGUUCAAUAAUUAAAGAAUUGACAUUGAUUAAGCAAUCUUGGAAUGUUUCAGUAACGACCGAUAAUAUUACAACACUUGUCAAUUAUAAAUUGAAUACCUACAAUUCAACCAUUUCUACAGAGAUUUAUCCCAAUUUGCAAGUAUCAAGUAACAUAUCAUUCUCAUCGAUCACAAGAAAUGUUACAUUUGGCGACAUGGAAUUGAUUCUUUUACCCAAUUCAAUCAAGGUUGGAUUCACCAUUUCAUAUUGGCCAUUUGCAUCCAAUUUGGCAACACUCAGAGCUGUAUUCAAAUCUACCAUCAAUAAUGAUCAAUCGGUGACAUUUGAUUGUGAGAAACAAUCAAUUGACAGUUUUACCAAGGAUCAAUUGUCAGAAUCGAUUCAAUAUCUCCGUGUUGUCAAAGACAACAUUCAAUUUAGUGGUAGAUUCAUUGAUUUUGUAUUGUCUAAUGGUAGAAAGACCUAUUCAAAAACAGAAUUAAUGUCAAUAACCCCAGUUGAUGAUGACAAUUCAGAUGAAUCAAUUGCAUUGAUUGGAAUCAAUCUACCUCAAUGUUCUCAAUGCCAACUCGAUCCAGACUUUACACCCCUGUUGAUUGAUAAAGAGUUUGAUAAUAGUGAUUGUGAAAAGUCAAACAAUUGGAGAAUUAUCGUUGGUUGCGUGGUUGGUGGUAUUGGUUUAAUUGCCGCUGCGAUUGCAACAUUCAUGGUCAUUAAAAAGAACAAGAAAAAAAACAGUUUUAACAGAAAUAUGAAAAACAAACUACAAAAAGCAAAUGAUGAUUUAUAA